AUGUCCAUCAGUCAUAGCCCGGCCGACCACCCACCCUACCCUCUCCAUGCCUCCGUGAUAAACAAGCUCGACCCAGAAUAUGUGGAUUUCUAUAAUACGCAUGUAAUCAACAAACAACAAGUUCAUCUCCAACCGGUGGAGGCUUCUCGUACAAGCGGUGUCCUGAUCCCCGGCGGAGGUCCUUUGCUCCCCGUCGGGAGAACAGUCGACCUGCGCAUUGGUCGCCGUGUCACAGAGGGACCUGAAAUCCCGUUGCGCGCUUUUAUCCCUGAAGGCACAGCACCAGCGAGCGGAUGGCCGCUGAUGUUGUAUUACCACGGAGGCGGAUGGGUGCUGGGCAACAUCGAUACGGAGAAUCCGGUGUGCACCAACCUCUGUAACCGAGGUCGGUGCGUAGUAGUGACUGUCGACUAUCGUCUCGCUCCCGAGCAUCGCUGGCCCGCCGCCGUCCAUGAUUGCUGGGAAGCCCUUCUCUGGCUGCUGGCCGACGGUCCGACACAUCUCCCCAUUGACAUUCAGACUCUCGCAACAGGAGGCUCCUCCGCAGGCGGAAACCUAGCCUGCAUCAUCACCCAAAAGGCUCUUACACUCUCACCGCCCGUUCAUUUCAAGGCUCAGUUACUGUCCGUGCCGGUGACCGACAACACCGCCUCCGUAUCUACCAACGACGCCUACCGCGAGUACGAACACACCCCGGCUCUACCAGCAGCCAAGAUGCUCUGGUACCGCGAACACUACCUGCCGAAUCAGAAAGAUUGGGCGCACCCGGAGGCCAGUCCGCUGUUCUACACUGGAGAUUGGUCUGCUUUGCCGAGAGCCUUGGUCAUGGUGGGUGAAUUGGAUGUGCUAAGGACGGAGGGCGAGCAGUAUGCGCAGAAGCUACAGGAGGCAGGCGUGCCGGUGGACUUGCAGAUAAUGAAGGGCAUGCCCCAUCCGUUUUUGGCCAUGGACGCUGUUCUGAAGGAGGGGAAAAGGUCCAUCACAUUGAUGUGCGACCUGUUGAAGGAGGUUUUCUGGAAUGAGCACAAGUAG